AUGGAUCGCCAGAUUUCUUAUAAUGGUGCCUUAACUUCCUCUUCUUUACCCUGCAAUUUCCCUGGCUCACGUUCCCCAACCCUUAUGAAGCACCCAUUGCCUCCGAAACCUCCAAUUUCCAUCCAGAACAGGCCCUUUGCGAACCAUCACGCAACUGCUUCUUCCAAUGGGGUGUGUAGCAGCCCUCGCGCAGAUAGCGUUAUUGGUCCAUCCGGCGAAGGUUCAGUCACCGGGCUUGAGGAUGACUGUGAUGAGACAAGCAGCAUUAACAGCGACGACUUGCUCCACCCAGAUGAACUAUUCUCUAGAAUACCGACAAGAAGUGAUACUGAUAGCUGCGAAGCUUCAGUAGCCCACAAAAAUAUGGAUAGCGGUUCCGAAACAAGUUCAGCUGCAUCCAAAGUUCGUGGGAUAAGCGUGCCCGGCGAAAGCCAACCCGAUGUUGCCGAUGACGGCCGAAGUGGUGAGAUCAGCCCAAUGAUUCCGCUUUCUGAUGGGAGCAAGAGUGGCUUGUCCAAUAUGUUGGGAUCAGAGGAUUCGAUGGCUUCCUGCCAGUUGGAUGAAGAAUCACAAGUCACUUUCUCUGGAUGCAGAGGGCUCCAGCCUGUGACCGAGACUACCGUGUAUAGCCCAUCUAGAAUCUCCCGGUCAAAGUGUCAUCGUCGGAAGGAGCCCGCGUGCAGCAUGUUGGGGUACGCCGAGCUCGCCACGGGCAGGGGCCCUCGAACCAGGGCAAGGGCUCGAGCGGAAGCAUCUCGUUCAUUCCCCAGCCGCCAUCGGGGCCGGCCUUACUCAGAUGCGGAAGAUGCGCUCCUUCGUGAAUUAGUGUACCGAAAACUUGAAUGGGAACAUAUCGAGGAGGAAUUCGGUCGGAGGUUCACUGGAAGGGAUUUGAAAUCUUUGCAAAGACGAUGGUCAAGAAAUUUGAAGUUUGAAGCCCGGCCGGUGACAAGUUCAUAG